CGCGGUGUUUCUUCAGUAGAGAGAAAUAUACACACGGUGUUUCUUAAGUAGAGAGAAAUAUAUACGCGGUGUUUCUUUAGUAGAGGGAAAUAUACACACGGUGUUUCUUAAGCAGAAAGAAAUAUACACACGGUGUUUCUGCAAGGAAAUCAUACUAUAAAAAAAAAAUUCUAAAAGAAGAGCGUAAUAUACAGGGAACACAGUCAUCAGUUACAGGGUAAUAGCGUAUUUAAAUAAUUCUGAUUUUCAGAGUUAAGUUUCCGGAAAAAAAUAAUGUUAAUUUUGCUAUGAAGUUCAACAGUUUAUUCAUGCAGUUUUACGAUGACAACAUCCCCUUGCUCCACCGUUCCAUCUACCGCUACGAGAAGCGUGUAACCUGUUUCAGUGGAAUGACCGUGCAACCUGUUGACAAUGAUGGCGUCCACAACUUCUCCUACGGUUAGGUAGAGAAAUAGUCGAGGCGAUGAAAAUGUGAUUGGCUUAUGACAUCUGGUACACUCUGUAUCUCAACACCUUCCGAAUAGAUGGAUUAUUAACCCCAACCAGGAUGAAUACACUAGCGUUCACAGUAUUGUAUUAAGCAGAUGUAAUAGGAAUUUGACUUAACAGAACUUGGACUCAGUGUUGUAUCUAAGUUAGUGUUUGUAAACAUCUUCAUUUCUACACUCUGUAGUGUAGCUUAACAUGAAACUAUCAAGGUGUUAUCCACAUGGGUGUCGACUGCCACGGUUUACUCUGCUGGGGUUGAUAUGUUUGACGAUUUGGAUAGUUGCUGUGUUCAUCUUUAGGCAAGCAUGGAUUUCCUGCUUACCCUCUGUUAACCCGUAUUCCUACACAAAAACGUUGGUCUCAGACACCGCUUCUCGAACGCCAACAACACCUGUCUACGUCAUUGAAGAGCACCAUGAAGCACUAUUGUACUGGUACCACGCAGCUGAGAAGGGGUUAAUCAAGCAGAAGGGAAACGUUCUUCUUCAUAUCGACGGCCACUCUGACGGUGCUCCCCCAGAACAUCGUGAUAUCCUCCCAAAGUUUCGACUGCCGACGACGCGCGAGAUUUAUAACAUGAUGCAGAAAAACGACGUCUUUGUUAUCGCUGCAGCUUUCACAGGCCUUAUUAAGCGAUAUAUCUGGGUGUGGUCACCAUGGGACACGAAGAGCGAGUUGCCCGAUCACUUUGCAGCAAAGGUCAAACUUGGAACAGUGACGAGAAGGGAUGUAGAUGGCAAGCUGAUUGAGGACAUCUGUGGCUGCCCCGUCCAAGGACCUGGUGAGAUGGAAGAAUCUCAAGAGCAACCAUGUUUGAUGCCAAAAGACUCUAAUCCAGAAUCUCCCUUUAUGGAGAUGGAUGGGGGAAGGUGUAACAUACAUCUGGAAGAUGCCGUGAUAGAGAUAGUGUCGGAGAGGAAGGCGAUAGAACUGAUGAAAGCCGGUAAUUGGAUUACCUCCCUUGAUAGCGUCAUACUUGACAUUGAUGAGGACUAUUAUGGAUGCGAGGCUGCUGUUCAGCCUCUGUAUGAUGUUGGCAUAAAGCAGAAAGAGUUAGAUUGGAUAGGGUACUUUGUUAGCAAAUUAUUCUGUCCAAGUCUUCCAAGACAAGAGCUAGAGGCUGACAAAUUCUUCGCGGAUAUAGUUGACAGGGUAAUAAGUGUAAAACAGUUCUGUCAACGAAACAAUAUCAACUAUUGUAAGAAGUCCUCCGAAAUGAAGAAAUAUAUCUUAACAUCUUUUAAUGAUUCUAUUGACGUCAUAACAAAUCGAAACUUAAAACCCGCACUAUGUAAGUCGAACGCUCUUUCACUGAAAGCUAUGGAAGCUCUCAUUAAACAUUUUGUCCAAUAUAACACACAGCAACUUCAAGCCAUGAAAGAGUCAGGUAUAUGCUUUAUGAUCUCCCCACGGACACUUGUAUUUGACGCUUCUGUUGGCAUGCGCACAUGCGACGGCUUCAACAGACCAAACGCAACCAUUAUUCCGUUCCACACGCCCACGACAGAGGAGGUGAGCUUCAGGACCAGCCAGCUCCGGGUGAUGCUGGGCGCGGCGGAGAUUCAGCCAGGUGUGGUCACUGUGUGUCGCUCUAUGAGGGACGGAUACACACCCAGGAAAUAUUUCCACGUCAUUGAACAAGAUGUCCUAGGUGUGUUGAAGGACGUGUUCCAGUCUGUAGAUGACAAAGCCAUAUUUUACGACCCCUAUCUGCUGGGCGGGACCUUCGGAUGGCCAAACAGACAUUAAGAGCGAACCAUAUAUAUAUAUACUUUAGUCAAGGAAAACAUGAAAGGCAUUAUUUUUUGUCCGAGAAAACUUAAAAGACUUUAUAUUUUUACUCACAGCAAACACGAAUUGACCUGCAUUCGUAGAGUGUUCAUCGUAUUUAUGGAUAUCUGUGUUUUGAAGACUGUACUUUUAUGUGUGUUCUUGUUUUCAUUUUCGAAGCAUGUCUUAUUAACUAUCAAUUUCUCGUCAGAUACAAAUUACAUGCAUUACAUUAAACAGGAUGCACACACCGUCUGUUGUAAGUGAUCAUUUCAAACAAUUUUCACCACUAUUUUCCCUAUUAUGCCUUGUGGAAUCUGCGUCGGCAAAUUGAUUAUUCUGUGGCGUUGACUUUUUUACUUUUCUGAAUUCAUUCAUUUACAUUUAGUUGCAUAACUAGUGGAGCGUAAUAUUGAAAUUGGCUCGCUUUU